AUGGGAGGUGUUGUGGAUUCUGUAUUUUCGGAUUUUAAGAACAUUAUCGACUGUGCAUCGGAAAUUGGGCUGCAGAUCAACCCUCAGAAAUGUGAAUUGUUCAUAAAGGGAGGAACGGUCGCUGAGCAGAACGAAAUUUUCCGGAUGUUUAGCGAAGUAGCUCCCGGUAUCCAGUGGGUGGGCGAAGACGAGCUGGAUCUGUUGGGUGCCCCGCUGACUGAUUGGGCAAUUGGGCGAGUGCUGGAUCGCAAGAUCGGUCAGAUCAAACGACUGACCGAUCUUCUUGGUGUGUUACCAGCUCAUCAAGCGUUAUAUUUGCUCAAGAAUAGCCUUUCUCUGCCCCGGUUAUUGUUUACUCUUAGGUGUUCGCCUUGUUGGAUGCCUGAGAAGCUGCACGAAUUUGACGAUUCCAUAAGGAGGAAAGCGCAGGAAAUCACAAACGUUAAGAUGUCGGAUUCAGUGUGGAAACAAGCUUCCUUGCCAGACCGGAUGGGAGGAAUAGGGCUUCCAAAAUCAGAGGAAAUUUCUUUGCCUGCAUACUUAUCCUCGCGUUAUGCUACAAAGACUCUCGUUGCCGAAAUAGUGCCAGAGGAAGGCAAAGACGACAUCGGGUCGUGCGUGGAGGAGUUUCGUGAGAGGAGCAGUGAGGAGCCGCCACCAGCAGAGUAUCGUCGUUAUCAGUCGGCGUGGACGGCAAUUGUGUACGCUAGGGAGCAUCGGUUUUUAUUGGAAAGUGCUGACGUUAUCGAAAAAGCGCGCUUGUUGGCAGUCUCCACAAAAGAAUCAGCUUCCUGGUUGUCCGCUUUGCCUGUAGCCAGCCUUGGGAAUUUGCUGGACGAAGCGGCAGUGAGAAUCGCAGUUGCGCUGCGUUUGGGUGCUGUCAUCUGCAGCGAACAUAAGUGCAUUUGUGGAAGUAUGGUUGAUAAAUUCGGUCGUCACGGACUGUCCUGUAAACGAAGUAAAGGGAGGAUUCCUCGACACGAACAUUUGAAUGAUAUCACACAAAGAGCAAUCGGAUCCGCGAAGAUUUCAUCUAUCCGUGAGCCUACGGGUCUGGAUCGAAAGAACGGUAAACGGCCGGAUGGAUUAACUCAUUAUCCGUGGAAAAACGGCAAAGCGCUGGUGUGGGACGUAACUGUCGCCGAUACGUUUGCACAGACUUAUAUUGGUCAGACAUCCGAUCAUGCUGGUGCUGCAGCAGAAGCGGCCGAAUAUCGGAAGUGCGGCAAGUAUGCUGACUUGGCUGACCGAUACAAUUUUCAACCCGUCGCGUUAGAGACAAUGGGAAGCUGUGGUCCUCUCACCAUGGAUUUUAUUAAUGAUCUAGCUAGACGCAUCAGAGAGCAGACUGUUUGUGCAUAG